AUGUCGUUGAUUAUAGAGGCGGUUAUAUCGUUUGUUACGCACUUGUUCGUCGGGGUUUCGUUCUCGGCAAUAUUGUUCAUGAUGUGGAGAGACGACGUGGCGGCCAGGUUGAUAAAGAAAAACCUGGGCUUUAACCAGAAAAUCUCCGAAUUCGAUCAGAACUGGACGGACGUAUUCAAGGAGCUAGCUGUGGACGGCGUGCCACCCGCCGUCUGGGUACAGGCAAUGGUAAAUCGGCUACAGGCGUUCGAGUCUAUCUCGCUGGCGCCACUGAACAAAUGCCUCGAAAUGACCAGUACGCGGUUGGCGGAUACGAGAAAAAUGAUGCGCUGGGCGGUCGUGCGUCAAAAGUGAGUUCGAAAUUAUAAUUCGCGGGCGCAUGCAAAAUGUUCAAUCCUCAGCAAGACACCCAUUGUUUCGAAAAGCAUUCUCUCUUUUCUGAUUAUUUUUUUUUUUUUUUUUUUUUUUUUUUUUUUUUGUACAAUUUAUCAAGUAACUCUGAAAUUUCAUAUCAGUCAUAAUAAACCUAUUUUUGAAAAAAAGCCGGGCAACUUCGCACGUAGGUGCAGCCACUGUUGAAGCUGAGGAGAUAGGCGAGGAGAGAUUUAAUGUAAAUCUGUAAUCAGCGAUAAACCAUUGCUAACGAAAAAACAAUUCUGAGCGGAGUUCAGUUGAUAGUGUAGUUUUGUUAAUAAUAUAUUUAUAUAUAUGCCAUAUAGUGGUAGAAUAAUUACAUAGGAAUUAUAUAUUUUCUUUAAUAAUAUUUUUUUAUAUGUUUUACCUAUUUUUUCGUUUUUCCUAGAUUUUUUCACUUUUCCUAUGGUUUUUCCUGGUUUUUCCCAUAUAUUAAGAAAACUCCUGAAAAAUUCGAAGAAUUUUAAAGUACCUUGCCAGUCCGAUUUUCUUUCAGAAAAGGCGCUACACUUAAAAAUUUGAACAAGAUUUCUGGUAGAAAAGUAGUCAAAUGAAAAAAAAUAAAAAUAAACAUCUUUGUAAAACCAAAAGUUUCUUCUCAACAUUUAAAAUCUAAAAUUCCAUAAUUAGACAGCGUUUGAAUGCGCUUCGGUGUUGACAUUUUUAAUUACUAUCAAUCUCCGUUGACGAGACACGUAGAUAUAGCAGAUUUUUCUAAUUUUGAAUAGGGGAGGUAAUAGUGGAGUAUCAUUUGUGUAGCAGCGUGACACGUGGCGUAUGCUAGUUCCGAUUUUAGAAAUUUUUAAGUGCAGUUUCAGACGAUAUUUUCGUAUACUUGGAUUUUUUACGACAUUUAAGGGGUAUCGUGCGAACUUUGGUUUUUCGAAGAAGAACGCAUAUGUAAAAAAUUCCAUAAAAAAAUGGUAAAAGCAUGCUGAAAUACAUUUCGGUAUUGAAAAUGACCGCCUUAAAGUACACCUACCCUGUCCGAUUUCCUUUCAGAAAAAGUGCUAUCAUUAAAAAUUCGAGUAAAAUUGCCGGUAAACAAAAUUGUCCACAUUUUUGAUUUCCGUCAAACCGUUAACGAGAUAUACUCCACUUUUAAAUUUAGUCGAGGAGCGAGUAACGGAGCACAGUUUAAAUACUUUCAGACGCCGUGUCUUUGCCAAAAUCGUGUUCCACUACUCUCGUCCUACAUAAACGUUCGAAAAUUAAUUUUUCAAAUCCAAUUUUAUUUGUGUUUAUUAUGUUUAUUAUAAUUUAGACACGAACGAUCACUGCUGUUACUUGGCAUAACUCCACGCGUAUCGACUUCGACGAAUACAGAUAACGUUGUCGAACCACUAGCCGAGACGACAAUUCUCGUCGACAGUCUUUCGAUGGCCAAUUCGGGAUCCAAUGCGAAAUCGUCGUCCAACUUGACUGCACGAGCGGUGUCCGGCAUGUCUGCAGGAGUGAUGUCCGAUAUGACUUCGGGGGCGGUGUCCGACUUGACUGCAGGGGUGGUGUCCGACUUGACUGCAGGGGCGGUGUCCGACUUGACAGCAGGGGCGGUGUCCGACUUGACUGCAGGGGUGGUGUCCGACCUGACCCCAAGGGCGGUGUCCGACUUGACCGCAGGGACGGUGUCCGACCUGACUGCAAGGGCGGUGUCCAAUUUGACUGCAGGAGCGGUGUCCGACAUGAUUGGAGGAGCACUAUCCCACAUGACCAUGGAAAAACCAUCGGAUUCCUACAUUACCACGACAAGAUCUAUAUCCAACAGGACCACGAUGGAAUCGAUAUCCGCCAUGACCUUGUCGAAAUCGUCAUCCAACAGGACCACGUCGAAAUCGAUAUCCGCCGCGAUCGUGGAUCCAGCAUCAAGAGUCCGGGCUGAUACGGCAGGAAUCCCGUCUUUCGGAAUCUCGGUAGAAUUGGUCGCCAAAGCCGUCGUCGACAAGAUUUUAUGGAUGAGAAACACAUUGCCGGUGUACUGGAACCGAGUUGUCCGCAUAUCCAAAGCAUUUAAUUCGGCACUUCACUCGGAGCAACUGCGCAACAUUCUGGAAUACAGUCUCCGUCAAGCCAAAAGAUUAGUUAAGCUGUCUACGGACAUAAACUUGGUGAAGGAUUUAACGAAGGUUUCGUUGCAAUUUGCACCGGACGUAGUCGAGGAACCCGUGAAAACGAAACGUUUUAAUUUCUAUUGA